UUAGACCGUCCGCCCCAGGCCACACGCCCCACCGUCCCCGGUUGCGGGCAGGCCGGUCCCCAGCUCCCGCGUCCCGUAGCGCCUCCCACCACCCCCGGGGCAUUCAGGUUGCUGGAGGCGGGGACGCGCACCGGCCGGCGGGGGCGCGCAGAGCUGACAGGCCUGUGCGCCGGGCUGAGGGAGUCAUGCGGCGGACUCGGAGCGCCGUGGCCACCGAGCCGCGGGAGCAGCGGCGCUCCGGGUCCUCCGGGGGCCUGGCCGGCGGCGAGAGCCGCGCGCGGCGCUCGGGGAGCGGGACGAGGGCCCGGGGCGGGGGCGGGGCGGCCAGCCCGAAGCCGCCAGCAAAGCCUCGGCCCAAGCCGCCGCCGCGGGCCCAGGAGGCGGCCGCCGAGGAGCCGCCGCCGCCGGACGCCGCCGCCGCCUCGGGGUCGGCGCUGGACCUGGGGGAGCAGCGGGAGCGCUGGGAGGCGUUCCAGAAGCGGCAGAGGCUCAGCUGCGAGGGCGCCGCCAAGUUGCUGCUGGACACCUUUGAGUACCAAGGCCUGGUGAAGCACACGGGAGGCUGCCACUGUGGAGCAGUUCGUUUUGAAGUUUGGGCUUCCGCAGACUUACACAUCUUUGACUGCAACUGUAGCAUUUGCAAGAAGAAGCAGAAUAGACACUUCAUUGUUCCAGCGUCUCGAUUCAAACUCCUCAAGGGCGCUGAGAGCAUAACCACAUACACAUUCAACACGCACAAAGCCCAGCACACCUUUUGUAAGCGAUGCGGCGUCCAGAGCUUCUAUACUCCACGCUCCAAUCCCGAAGGCUUUGGAAUUGCCCCCCACUGCCUGGAUGAAGGCACUGUGCGGAGUGUGGUCACUGAGGAGUUCAAUGGCAGCGACUGGGAGAGAGCCAUGAAGGAGCACAAGACCAUCAAGAACAUGUCUAAGGAGUGAGCGCGUGCUUCCUCCUCCCAAGAGGGCGGGAGCGGGGCAGCUGCCCUGUGGGUGGUGUGAGUGGUGUGUGUCGCUGUGCAGGCCCGGGCUGCCAUCUCCACUCCGUGUCCCCGCGGUUCGCUCCAGCCACCAUUUCCUUAGGCAGCUCUGCCCGUAGCCCAGGUUUCAUUAAGACGAUAGGCCUUUACCCUUCCCUCCAACUUUUGUGUGAUCUUUUAGAAAAUAAACAUUUCUGACAUUAACACUA